UUGUUUGUUUUUUUCCAGUUCAACAAAGAGUAUCUGCUCUGGUCCCGGGUCCCUAACUUUCCUUCAAAGAACUUGAAAAGUAUUGUGUGGAAGCCACAGAGAGGGCCAAACUACAGAGAAGAAUAUUACAAUUAGAUGCAUGUAUAGCAUACUGGAGGGCAGAGGGGGGAAACUGAAUAUGAGAUUUCAGGAGCUUCAGAGAAGGCUUUCUGGAGGCUUGUUUGCUUGAACUGAAUUUUGAAAGCAAGUAGAAAUUAGUUGGUGAGGACGGAGGAUAAACAUUCUGGGCCCAAGGGAGAGGUGAGAACAGACUGACAGAUGAGAGACAAAACAUAGACUCUUCACGUAUUAAGGGGUGGAUAGAGAAAUGAGGUUUAAUAUAUAAACAAAGAGCAUAUAAUGAAAAGCCCUCUUCCCUACCGUUUUAAACAUUUUGACCUUUAUCCUUGAGGCUGUGGUGAUCCAAUGGGUAAGAGAUUUUUUAAAAUUUAUUUUAAAUUUUUUAAAUUGACAUCCAAAUUAGUUAGCAUCUAGUGCAUCAAUGAUUUCAGGAGUAGAUUCCUUAGUGCCCCUCGCCCAUGUAGCCCACCCGCCCUCCCACAACCCCUCCAGCAACCCUCAGUUUGUUCUCCAUAAUUAUGAGUCCCUUCUGUUUUGUCCCCCUCCCUGUUUCUAUAUUAUUUUUGUUUCCCUCCCCUUGUGUUCAUCUGUUUUGUCUCUUAAAGUCCUCAUAUGAGUGAAGUCAUAUGACUUGUGUCUUUCUCUGACUGACUAAUCUCACUUAGCGUAAUACCCUCCAGUUCCAUCCACAUAGUUGCAAAUGGCAAGAUUUCAUGCUUUUUGACUGCCGAGUAAUCCUCCAUUGUAUAUCUAUACCACAUCUUCUUUAUCCAUUCAUCCAUCGAUGGACAUUUGGGCUCUUUCCAUACUUUGGCUAUUGUUGGUCGUGCUGCUAUAAACAUGGGGGUGCAUGUGUCCUGAAUGGGUAAGAGAUUUUAAGUUGAAGAAAGUUAAGAUCAGUUUCAUGUGGCAAGGCGAGGAAUGAAUGGUAGUGGAGCAAGGCCCGUUGGUGAAAGAGCAGUGUGAUAGAGCUCCAAAUGAUGCAGGGGGGCUUGAGAGACUAGGAUGGACCCAAGAUCUAUUAAGAUGAUGAAAGCGGUGUCUAGUUUGAUGUGUGGGAUGAGGAAAAGGUGGAUGGAGUCAAGGAUGCCUCCUAGGUUUAUGGCUUCCCAAGGUAGGAAUCACAUGAGGAUUAUCAAGAAACUAAGAUCAGUCUUGGAUAUGCCUUUAGGUCACACAUUUGAUGCUGUUCUGUGGGCAGUUGGCAGUACUGGUCUGGGAAGGAGGAGGUGGUUUUAGGCAACAUAGCGAUGAAGAUGUUAUCAAUAUAUAGGUGAUAGUUAAAACAGUGUGCGGAUAGAUGUAGAUACCUAAGAGAGUUUGUAGGAUAAGAAAGAAGCAAGCAAAAAAGAAACUCUGGGAAGUACCACCGUAUAAGGAAGAUGAUCCAGUGAAAAAGAAUGAGAAGGAACAUGGAGCUCUAGAAGGCAAGGGCAUCGAGGAUUUCAGAAGGAGAGAAUGGACAACUGUGAAAUACCACGGAGGAUGGAAGAGUGCUGUCUAGAGGUUUUAGGAAGGUCUACCAGAUAGGCAAGAAUGAUUAGUUUGCAAUGUUCCUAGUUCAUAUAAUUGUAUAACUUUCUGUAGCAAAAUUCAAUAGAACCAGACGUUAUGUAUAGUUGGAAUGAACCAGUAUUUGGAUUUUGUUAUCUACCUAUGGUAGGAAUGCAAGGGAGCUCAAAGUAUUAGUAAGACAAUGGUAGAAGUGUUGAAACAUGAGGUUUAGACUGCGUCGAGGUCGUGACCAAGCCAAGAGGAGGCUGAGAGAUUGAUAGAAAAUAUUGGUUCAAGGGAUUAGAAGUCUGGGUGAGGUCCGCAUGUAUAAGGUAUAUAGGGUAUAAGGAAGAUAGCUGAUAGAAGUACUCUGGAAUCAGAGAAGAAUAUUGGAGUUUAAGAUUUUAGGGUGCUGAUAGAAUGUAGGAAUUGGCCAGGGGUGUAGAUGGCUGAAAUGGAGGUGAUAUGGAGAUAUUCAAGAAUAAUGAGACUGGUGUAUUGGAUGAAUCACUGACUGAGAAAUGGGCCCCAGAAGACCAUGGUACCCAGGGUGGAGAGCCGGACUAUAGUUUCUGAGUUUUAAGAUCGCCUAUAGUAGUGAUUAGUAUAUAUGGGACAUGAAGAUACUUGGAUGGCUUGACCUCACAGGUAUGAGACUAAAAGGUCAGGCUUCUUCUGGGCCUUGGAGCUUGGCAGAAUGAUUAACUUUCACCGAAAUGGCCACCAAAGAAGGAAAGUGUAGUUUCCAUUCGGCCUAAGAAGUAGGGGGAACAUCUCCGUGUUGCCUGUGGAGUCUGCUUGGGAUUCUCACUCUCUCUCUCUGCUCCUCCCCUGCUCGUGCUUCGUCUUGAGAGGAAGAGAGAGAGAGGGAGAGCGAGCGAGAGAGUGCGCUCUCUCUCCCAACCCUCUCUUUAAAUAAACUGUAUAUUUAAUUUUUUUAAUAUUCUUGUUUUAUUUUUGAGAGAGAGAGCAUGAGUGGAGAAGGGGCAGGGAGAAAGGGAGACACAGAAUCCGAAGCAGGCUCCAGGCUACGAGCUGUCAGCACAGAGCCCUACACGGGGCUCAAACUCACAGACUGUGAGAUCAUGACCUGAGCCGAAGUCGUUCGCUCAACCGGCUGAGCCACCCAGGCGCCCCUCAAAAUAAACUUUAAAAAGAAGUAAGGGGAGCAUCUAAUGAAGAUGUUGAACAUCUAAUAACAGAACUUGUUAACCAUGGAAUCAGAGUCUAAAAAGCGAGGACUGUUUACUGGAGAGGAAGGCAGGUUAGGAAGCGUUGGGUGUGAGGGAGGCUGACCCUGUUUUUCUGAAGCGUUUGUCUGGCUUUGAAGCAUUUGUCUUGACUUCCAACACGCUUUUCAUCGCACGUGCCAGUUCUCCGGUAUUGUUAGGACGCCUGGAAGGUUAUGUUGCCCAUUUUAGGUUCGUUCUGGUGUAAAAAAUGCCUCGAUACUAAUGACGACUGCCAUGGAUUUGGGAGGCGGGCAUACAUGUAUCUACCUCUGAUUUCCCUCCUGUUAUCUUAGGGCCUCGAGGCCCGUUGAGCAGUCUGUGUUUCUCAGGACAGUUCCUCACUCAUGCAUAAGAUCCUGUUCGUUUUACCUCUUCAGAGGUUUGGCUCCAAUUUCUCUCCUGCAAAAUUGCUUUUUUCCCUCAUUGCUGGAUUAUUCCCUUCAGUAUGUUAACAUCCUGUUUCUCUUAUCUUAAAACAAUUACCUUUUCAGGGUGCCUGGCUGGCUCAGUCGGUGGAGCACGUGGCUCUUGAUCUCGGGGUUGUAAGUUCGAGCCCCCACAUUGGGUGUAGAGAUUACUUAAAAACAAAAUCCUAAAACAAAGUCUUUAAAGGGGUGGCUGGCUGGCUGAGUCAGGAGCAUGCAACUUUUGAUGCGGGGGUUGUGAGUUUGAGGCCCGCAUGGGGUAUAGAGAUUACUUAAAUAAACACUUAAACUAAAAUUUUUAUUUUAUUUUGGAGAGGUGGGGGAGGAGGUGCAGAAGGAGAAAGAGAGAGAAUCCUGAGCAGGCUCCGCCCUUAGUGCAGGGCUGGAUGUGGGGCUCGAUCCCAUGACCCUGGGAUCAUGAUCCGAGCCGAAAUCAAGAGUGCUGUUGCCAUGUCCAACCAACUGAGCCACCCGGGCACCCCUCCGGAAAACAAAAUCUUAAAAAAAAAUUUUUUUUAAACUAAAUCCUUAAAAAAAAUACCUGUCUUCAUCCCAUUUCCCCCUUAUGCUGCCGCAUAAUUUCUUUUUCCCCCUUUAUGGUGAAACUUAUGUGUCCAUUUACUUUCUUCUCUUUCUUCCUCAAACCCACUGUAAUCUGGCUUCCCUCACACUCUGAAACAAUUUGCUCUCCUCAAAGUGACUCUGAUUUUCAUUUUGCUAAAUCCAAAGGUCUCUCUUUCAAUCCUCACCUCUUACCUGACCUAUCAGCAUUUCUGCCCCAACUUUACUGAGUUAUCAGUGACACAUAUUGCGAAAGUGACACAUAUUAACAGAAGAGAAAUCUAGUAAGUAUUUUAAAAAUAAUCACUCUAUGGGGUGCCUGGGUGGCUCAGUUGGUUAAGUGUCUGACUUCAGCUCAGGUCAUGAUCUCAUGGUUUGUGGGUUCGAGCCCUGUGUCGGGCUCUGUGCUGACAGUUUGGAGCCUGGAUCCCACUUCAGAUUCUGUGUCUCCCACCACCCCCCCCUCCCCGCCCCCGAAAAUCAAUAAACAGUAAAAAAACUUUUUUUGGAAAAAUAAUCAUUCUGGGAGUGCCUAGGUGGCUCAGUUGGUUGAACAUCUGAUUCUUGAUCUCUGCUCAGGUCAUGAUAUCACAGUUUAUGAGUUUGAGCCCCACAUCAGGCUCUACUCUGAGAGUGUGGAGCCUGCUUGAGAUUCUCUGUCUCCCUCUCUCUGCCCCCCUCUCUCAAAAUAAAUAAAUAAAGUUUAUAUGUAUAUAUAUAUAUAUAUGUUUAAAUAUAUAUAUAUGUAGUUAAAUAUAUAAUUAUAUAUAAUAAUAAAUACAUAAUAAUAUAUGUAAUUAAAUAUAUAAUAAAAAUAUAUAAAAUAAUAAUAAUCACUCUGGCUGCUCUGCUGACAGUAUUUCAGUGGGCAAAGACAGAAUAGAGCAAUUAGAAGACCACAGUAGGUUGCGAAAAAUGCCCCACGUUCUACCCAUUUCCUAUAUGCACAUUUCUUUACAAAGUGACUUUGUUGCUUCCCUCAGGAAGAGGUAAUCCAUUUCUCCAUCCCCUUGAAUCUGGACUUUCUGUGACUGCUUUAAUCAGCAGCAGGGGAAGUGGGAUUUCUUAGUCUCAAGGCCACGUAGCUUCCUCUUGCCUUGCUUCCAUUAGACCACCACGUUAAGAAGCAUGGAAUAGCUUGCUGUAACACAUGUAGGAGAGACAAGCCAUCCCAGCGGAAGCCUCCAAACCUACCGGUCCCCGUUUGCCACGUGAGUGAGCCUAGACAAGACUCGCAAAAGAAGUACCCCCUCUCUUCUUCAAACCCAACCCAAAUUGCCAACCCCAGAAUCAUAAACUAAUAAGUGAUGGUUGCUUUGCCUCACUAAAUUUCAGAAGUGGGUUGUAAUCGCUAACCAAUAUAGAGGCUCUUAGAACAUCAAGGACGGACAAUGGGGGGCUUACACUAGAGUGAGAAUGGUAGGUAAUGAGAAGUAGUGAGAAGAUUCUAGACAUAUGUGCAGAAUGUAAGAGAAAGUGAAGCGUCAAGGAUGACACCCAGGUUUUUUCCCUGAGUCAUAGAAAAGAAGGAGUUUCCAUUAACAGAGAUGGGGAAGACCACAGAUGAAGCAAGUAUAGGGAAGAAAUCAGGACUUGAGUUUGAGCUUUCUAUUAGUCAUUCAAAUAGAAACACUGUGUACGUAUCUGGAUACACAGAGUCUGGAUUUCAAGGAACGAGGUUCAGGCUAAAAAUAUAAAUUUUGCAGCUGACUGUUACCAGUAUUAAAGACUGAAUGAUAUGAUUGAGGGACCGUGAGGUCUAACACUGAGCCCAGGAGCACUCCAAUAUUAAGAGGUCAGAGAGAUAAGAAAGAACCAGGAAGGGAAAAGAAAAGGGGCAUCAGGUGAAAGAAAAACCAGGAAUUGUGGCAUCUUUGAUCAUUAAGGGAAGAAGGUGUUUCAAGAAGCAGAAAGUGAUCAACUGUUUUAAAAAAUGCUGAUGGGGGGGCGCCUGGGUGGCUCAGUCGGUUAAGCAUCCGACUUUGGCUCAGGGCAUGAUCUCACAGUUCGUGAGUUCGAGCCCCGCUUCGGGCUCUGUGCUGACAGCUCAGAGCCUGGAGCCUGCUUUGGAUUCUUUGCCUCCCUCUCUCUGACCCUCCCCUGCUCGCUGUCUUUCUGUGAAGAAUAAAUAGACAUUUAAGAAAAAUUUUAAAAAUGCUGAUGGGAAAUGGUAACUAUGGGACAGGCUGGAGGUGGCAGUAAUACGAGGGUGGUAAUCAUUUGGCAAAAAUGCUAGGAUUUAUAUCUCAAAGUGAAGAGGCUGCUAUUCGGUGACUAAAGUUCAGGUAUUCCGUGCCAUUGAUUUGAGAAUAUGACCCUCUUCCAAAGAACAAAGAGCCUGGAUGUGGAAGAACAUUCUGGCUAAGCAGACCUCUGAAAAAAAAACAGAUCACAAAAGUACUUGCAAGAGGAAGCCACGGAUUUCCUCGGGUAAGAGCCAGAAUCUGUUCCAAGGGCUUUUCCAUAAAACACCAAAGAGAUACCCAGGCCCGAAAAUAGUUUGGUACCAAAAGCCUACCUUUAGUCUUCUGCAUUGCAGCAGACGACUGCCUCUUUCGGUUGUCUGACCUGAAACCUUUGGUGUCCUCCUUUCCUCUUCUUACCUUCCACAUCCAAUCCGUUUGCACAUUUUGUCAAAAUAUAUGGAAAGUCUGACCUCUUCUCCCCGUUGCUACUGCUGUUCUCCGAGGCAAUGUGGUUUCUCUCCCCGGAUUAUUGCUGGAACCUCCUCAUGGUCUCUUCUUUUUUCCAUCCUUGCCUGUUUAUGGUUUACUUCUUCAGAGAAGCCAGAAUGAUUUUUUAGAAAUGACAGUCGAGUCUGACAUCCUCCUGUCCCAAACCCUGUAGGACUCUUCUGUCUCACUGAGGAACCCCAAAGCUCAUGGCAGCCUGCAGGGACUUACAAGAUCUGGGCCCCUGGUCACUCUUUGCUCUCCCACUGCCCAAUUUGUUCAUGUGGACCAACCACGUUGGUGUCUUCGGUCUUCCCUAAACCUGCUAAGCAUGUCUCCACCUCAAGAGUCUGCAUGUAUACCUGUAAGAGAAUCUGAGAGAAUAAAAAAUGUCAGAUGAUAUCAGGAAAAGGUUUGAAUUUCCAAAUUCUCUUAUCCAAUCACAGGCUGUGGGUCAUCUCAUUGCUGCCGUCCUAAAGGAAAGUGGUUUUUCAGAAAAGAUCCACCAAUCCACAGACCAGACUCCGGCUUUGAACUUGCUGUGGGAGAAGUGUUGCGGUGAUAAUGCGGUGGUUCGAACGGCCUGCUGCGAGGCUCUGGUGGCACUCGUCGCCCAGGAUCACGCAGAGUUCAGCUAUGUGCUCAAUGGGAUACUCAACCUGAUUCCGUCGACCAGGAAUACACAUGGCUUGCUAAAAGCCAUUAUGAAGUUAUUACAAAUUCAAGCUCUAAAGGAAGGACAAGGUGGGGAGAAGAAUAUUCGGAAUUUAUAUACUAUAAGAAAUCGUCCUCAGCCUUUGAUCACUGUGCUUGAACAUAGACCUGAUUGCUGGCCAGUACUUUUGCAGCAGCUGACGGCUUUUUUCCAGCGAUGUCCUGAAAGGUCAGAAGUCUCAUGCAUCCAAAUAAUGGCACCAUUUCUGUGGUAUCUGUAUUGUGAACCAUCUCAGUUAGAAGAAUAUGCUAAACUCCGACUAACCCUGCUGAAAGUCUUACUUCAGCCCCGGGUUCCUGGUGACACAGAACAGCCAUCAACAUUGGAACAACAGAUACUUCAACUGUGCUGUGACAUGGUUCCAUGUCUGCAGGUAAAAGAUUUGGUCCAGACAACAGAAGUGAUGACGUUUAUUGAAGAAGUAUAUUUAAGCCUUCUGCGUCAUCCCAUUUUCUGGAAAAUUCAGCUUAGCCAGCUGACCCUUCAGCUCUUGUGUGUCUGUGAAGUCAGCUUAAAGAUAACUGGGGAAUGCUCCUCGUUAAUUCACCUUUUAGAGCACAGCGUUGAACUUCUGAAGGAGGAUUUUCCUGUUGAACUGGUCAUAAUUGGAAUAGCUUUAUUGCUUCUACAGACUCCAGCAAGUCAGCAGAAGCCGAUCUUAAGUCUGGCUCUGAAGCUCGUCUCUUUUGCUGAGGGUCAGAAAAUCCCAAAGGCCUCCUUGGUGCUGGUGAUGCCCCUUCUGCAGAUCCUGUCUUCUACUGCCUUGGAAGACUGUAUGUCCACAGACGAAGAAGGUCCCUCUAGGCAGCAGUUGGCUGUAAACCUUUUGGAAAUAGUACAGCAGGAAUCCUGCAGAGACGACCGCCAGAAGCUCUCCUACAAGCUUGUGUUCCCCAUAACCGGCAUGUAUGGAUCAAUAUUUACAGCCUGGAGGAUCCUCGAAGUAAUGAGAGAAAAGUCUGCUGCAAGUGACUGGUUGUUUUCCAUAGAGUCCUUGCUCCCUAUAACCACAGUAAUCCCUGCGCAUGUUUUUCUUUUGUUGGCUCACCUCCUUGUUGAAGAUCAAGGACAAAAUCUUCGCCAAAUACUGAAGGUCACUGCAGAAUUGGCCCAAGCAGAUUCCUCUCAGGUACCAAAUCUGAUUCCAGUUUUGAUGUUCAAAUUGGGAAGACCACUGGAACCUGUAUUAUAUAAUGAUAUCUUGUAUACUUUGCCUACACUUGGUGUUCACAAGGUGUGCAUAGGACAAAUUCUACGAGUGAUCCAACUUCUUGGAACUACGCCACACCUAAGAGCUGUCACUGUGCGCUUGUUGACAUCUUUGUGGGAAAAGCAGGAUCGUGUAUAUCCUGAACUGCAGCGUUUCAUGGCCAUGUCUGACGUGCCUUCUCUGUCUGUGGGCAAGGAAGUCCAGUGGGAGAAACUCAUCGCUAAAGCAGCAUCGAUAAGAGACAUAUGUAAACAAAGGCCCUAUCAGCAUGGAGCAGACAUGUUGGCAGCCAUUUCCCAGGUGUUGAAUGAGUGCACCAAACCUGACCAAGCCACUCCAGCAGCCUUGGUGCUACAAGGUCUUCAUGCCCUCUGCCAAGCUGAGGUUGUUUGCAUUCGCUCCACGUGGAAUGCUCUCUCCCCGAAGCUCAGCUGUGACACGAGACCUCUCAUUUUGAAGACCCUCAGUGAACUGUUCUCUCUGGUUCCUUCCUUGACAGUCAAUACAGCUGAAUAUGAGAAUUUUAAAGUCCAAGUCCUCAGCUUCCUCUGGACCCACACUCAAAACAAGGAAUCAAUUGUAGCAAACGCUGCCUAUAAAUCUCUGUCACAUUUUAGCGCGGGAGAGCACACCGUUCUUCAUCUGCCCGAAGAGAUAAGACCGGAAAUCCCUAUUCCUGAUGAACUAGAAGAAGAUGAAGAUGAUGAGGGUGAUGAAAAGGAUCUGGAUCUUUCCAUCCCUGGCUCUUGCUAUCUCAAACUAUUGUCACUUACUGCUCCUUUGGUUUUUCCAGCUUUGGAGGAAUUUUUUACAUCUCUUGUGAAGCAAGAAAUGGUGAAUAUGCCCCGUGGAGUAUAUCACUCUGCAUUAAAAGGAGGUGUUCGCUCAGACCAAGGAAAGACCGUAGCAGGAAUCCCCAAUUUUAUAUUGAAAAUGUAUGAAACAAACAAGCAACCGGGUUUGAAACCUGGCCUUGCAGGUGGUAUGUUAUUUUGUUACGAUAUUUCAACGUACCAGAGUAAAGAAGGCAAACCAUUGAAUCGACUGAUGGCCAGUAGAGGGCGAAGUUUCAAGCAGACCUCGCUUGCUCUUGUGCAUGAGGUUCACAUCCAGCUUUCUGAGUGGCACCGUGCGAUUUUCCUGCCACAGGCCUGGCUUGCGUAUAUGAGUCGAGCCUACCAUGCCAUUUUACAGGGCAGAAUAGGAGAACUGGAUUUGCAGUUGAAACAUGGGAAAGAAGGACCCGAGGAGGUGCAGUACAAAAAAGGCACAGCCUGGCUCUGGGUCCGAGACAUGUUGACUGAUGAGAUCACCAAGACGGCUGUGAAGGAGAGCCCAGUGGUCAAGGGCAACGCGCUGUUAGCCUUAAGCAGCCUUGCUGUCGUCGUAUCCAGACACGAAGCCAGCCUCUCCUCCGACUCUGAGGGGGUCCCGGAGGUUCAUCCUAAUUUCCUUUCAAUGAAAGAGUGGGUUUCCAUGGUGUCUGAUACUCUCCUGGUCAUUGUGGAUAGCCAUCACCAACCCAGAGGACAAAUCUUCUCCUCAUUUUAUUAUAAAUCCUAUUCUGGUGAAAACACAGCCAGUGCCAUUGCCCGCUCGGCUGCCGCCACGGCUUUGUCUCUCCUCGUGCAAGUUUUCAUUAUCUCUUGCAAAGAGAAGGUUGAGGAAAUCCUCAACAUGCUGACUGCCAGGUUACCUGGGAAACCAAGAGCUGAUGAGUCUCAAGCCGUGCAAAUCCACAUGGGCCUUGCUUUGGGGAUGUUUCUGUCCCGCUUGUGUGAGGAGAAACUCAGUGAUAUAUCUGGCCAACAGAUGAACCUCCUUCUGAUGAAGUCUUUGGAUGCCCUGGAAAAUUGCUGCUUUGAUGCUAGUCUUGAAUAUAACACGGGCUGUAUAUUGGGAGUUGGACUUGUUCUGUCCCUCAUGAGCCACAGCAGCCGAAUGGAGUCUCGAGUUCAUGUGGCAGCAUCGCUUCGGAAGCUGUCUACCUACCUGGAUGACAGUGGGAGCCAAAGCAGAACAUUUCAGGAGGUCCUUGCCUAUACCCUCAGCUGUGUAUGCACAUCAGCAUUCAGUGCCGGAAUCAUUGAGGCUACUGAGGCUGAAGAUAUCAUGAACAAGCUUCAGCUGUUGGUAGAAAACAACCAACAGACGUCAGGUUUUGCCCUAGCGUUAGGAAACCUGGUUCAUGGAUUGUCUGUGUGUGGACACGGAAAAGCAGAGGACUUGGGCCACCGGCUGCUGCCUGCCUGGAUCAGAAUUGUUCUGACAGAGGGCACUCCGACAAUGCUCUGCCUUGCAGCUCUUCAUGGCAUGGUGGCCUUGGUGGGCUCUGAAGGGGAUGUAAUGCAGCUGAAGGCAGAAGCCAUCCAGACCUCUCAUUUUCAAGCCAGACUUAAUGAAGUCAUUAAAACUGUAACUCAGGUCAUCAGCGUGUCUGGAGUGAUCGGUCUUCAGUCAAAUGCGCUCUGGCUUCUGGGCCAUCUUCAUCUGUCUACUCUGUCCUCGAGUCAAAGUAGGACCUCCGUUCCUACCGACUAUAGCUAUUUGCCCGAGAGCAGUUUUAUUAGAGCAGCCAUUGGCUUCUUCAUUACAGGAGGAAAAAAAGGUCCUGAGUCUGUGCCUCCUUCCCUUCUCAAAGUCGUGAUGAAACCCAUCGCAGCUGUUGGAGAGAGCUACCAGUUCCCCCCCGUGAGCUGGGCCGCGCUCCUCUCGCCACUCAUGAGGCUAAACUUCGGAGAAGAAAUACAGCAGCUGUGCCUGGAAAUUAUGGUGACGCAGGCGCAAUCAUCCCAGAAUGCAGCUGCGCUGUUGGGACUGUGGGUGAUGCCACCACUGAUCCAUAGUCUGAGUUUGAACGUCAAGAAAUACCUCCUGGUUUCUACACCUCUGUGGAUAAAACACAUCUCAGACGAACAGAUGGCGGGUUUUGUUGAAAACUUAAUGGUGGCGGUGUUUAAAACGGCUUCCCCACUUCCCAAUCCCGAGUUAUGCAUGAGUGCCUUACAGGGCCUGAGUCAGGCCAUGAAACUGCCCAGCCCUGCCCACCACCUCUGGAGUCUGCUCUGCGAAGCCACCGGGAAGAUUUUUGACCUUCUGCCAAAGAAGAUUCGGAGAAAUGAUCUAGAGCUAUAUAUCAGCGUAGCAAAAUGCCUCUCAGAAAUGACAGAUGAUGAAGCCAAUCGAGUUGCCCAGAUUACUGAGAGCAGCGUAGAAAAGGCUGCCUUUGUCAGACUGUACUUGGUCUCUCAAGGACGAUUCCCCUUGACGGGCUUGACUGAUAUACUCAGCGUUGCUAUUCAGCACCGUGAAAAAGACACACUAGCUUGGAUGGUACUGCACGGUUUAUACCAAGCCCGGAUUGUGAGCCAUGCCAACACAGGCGUGUUGAAGAGAAUGGAAUGGCUCUUGGAACUGAUGGGUUACAUCAGAAACCUUGCAUACCAGUCUACCUCUGUUCAGAACGUGGCUCUUGACGAGGCUUUGGACUUCUUGUUGCUGAUAUUUGCAAUCGCAGUGGUUGCAUGGGCAGACCAUGCGGCCCCUCUCCUCCUUGGCCUUAGUGCCAGUUGGUUGCCAUGGCAUCAGGAAAAUGGCCCAGCUGGGUCAGCUUCGAGCUUCCUUGGCAGGAGUCCAAUGCACAGGGUCACUCUGCAGGAGACUCUCACUCUCCUUCCCAGUAGCAUGCCUGUUCUGCUGCAGAAAGAGCCAUGGAAGGAACAGACCCAGAAGUUCAUUGACUGGCUCUUCAGCAUCAUGGAAAGCCCCAAAGAAGGCCUCUCAGCCAAAUCCAGGGAUCUUUUGAAAGCCACCCUGCUGUCCUUGAGAAUUCUCCCAGAGUUUAAGAAGAAAGCCGUAUGGACCAGAGCGUAUGGUUGGUGAAGUUCUGUGACAGCCGGCAACAUCCUCAGAUGGAUGAGGAAAACCAUAGAAAUGGAAGAAGUUUUUCCAGAAUUCGUGUCUGGGGUCGCUGAGCCUUGAUGCAGAGAGUUAAGGGUCACGAAAAGGUGGAGACAUAACCGACAGUUUGACUCACGCGUACCAGGAGAAGCGGGCAUUGCUUCCGUACCCAGGCCAGUUGAGACUGAAACAAGAACUUGAAUUUUCCUGUAUUUGGCAGGAGUUCAACCUGAAGAUUUACUCUGUGCAAAUUGGACAACAUCAUCCUCUCCCCCGUAAAUUCUAGUAAAAUAAUCCUGUGAA